AUGGACGACGACAUGGAUUUGGCCCUACACUGCCCUCAAGACGACGCGUUCUCCAAGCUUGAAGUUGUGCUUCUCACCUGCACAGAGAACAACCUCGCCUUCCUCGACAUCUUCUUUGGCGACUGGCCCAUUCUGUCGAUCAUUCGCCUGGGACUUUGUAAUCUCACACUGUAUACUUUGGUGAGAGGUUACCUUGAUCGGACCUGGAAUGUACUCGAUUUUCUUGGCCGGUGGUUCAGAGAGCCGGACAGGGCACUAAAGAUGAUGGACGACGCUCAAGCAUCCGCCUAUGGGGCCAAUGUUCUCCGCUUCUUUCUUCGUGGCGUUGAUGAGACAGAACCCCUGGAUCUCUGUGUCCCGGUGCACCAGGUGUAUCGUGUAGCCACCGUAAUCCUCAUGGAUGGCUUCGACUUCGUCGAUUUCUCGGGCAGUAAUGCUUCAAGCUUCACUCGCGCUUUGGAGGUCGCAUUCUCAGCCGGGAAUAGCACAAGGGACUCCAGGUCUGGAGAACGAAGCUUGAGCGCUUCCUCCCUCUCUGCGAUGAUGUUCCUCUUUCGGAGAACCACCGCAUACCCAUGCGGUACCUCGGUUAUACAUGAAAUCACUCUGCAUCUAGUGACCUGCGAGCCCCAUCGAUACAUUCUUUCCCAGCACUCGACGGCACUUAUGUGCCACAUUACCUCUCAAGGAGCCGUCUGCCCCUUCGCUUUAGCAACCCUUGCUACCUUUCGCUCUUUCGCUGUAGGAGACGAAGCAAAUAAGGCAUCAGGGUUCAUGAAGCAAGAGGGCAGGUACCAGCUAUAUUCCAGCGGAACCGUAAUCGCAAAUUACGAGAUGGUCUCGGGCAGGUCGGGGCGAUCGCAAACGUACCUGGAGGUUGUUAAUGGGCGCCGAUUCAUGGGUGACAGGCACUGUUGGUUCAUUCCCGCAUCCAUCGGAGAUUCAGUCAUGGAAGACGUUGGUCAAUACCAUGGACCAACCUUUGAGGUCUUCGACGUCAGGUCAGGAGUGGUUGAAGGAGAGGCCUACCUGCGCAUUGGGGAGCCGUUUAUACUAAGCCCAACCCUGAAUACUCAUCUUCACAAUCGCGACCGUCUUUUCGUGAAGCAUUCAGCCAAUACACUUACUGUCAUUGAUUACGCGAACGAGGACAACCCUGGUGUUAACGUGGAGCUUGCGGUCACUGACCGUUGGACCCUCCAAACCUUCAACCGUUUUGUUCAUCAAACAUUUUCUUUCCGUAACCUCAAGGGGAUCAAGUCGUCGCCACCUAUUCCCGGGUUCUACACUGCUCCCCAGAUAACAUACGUCGCUGAUGCCGCCCUCUACGCGGUAGGCUGUAAAUGGUCUACUAUCGUCAGCCUUCCCCUCCCAGAAUGCGGUGAAGAUCUCCACGUCGGAAAUUUCUUUCCAAACGGCGCAUUUAGCGCAAGGAUUGUAGAGCUUCCAGGGACCAGCCUCCCGACAUGGCACGAUUAUCGCAUCUUCGUCGACAACUACUCCGGACCGUGUGCUGCCAAUACCUCCGUCCUCACCAUGUUUGGAAUCCCUUGGUCGGGAAACAUUAUGCUCGUACGCUACGCGAACCCAGAGGCGAAGUUUCGUCGCGGGUCAUCUCGAUUCCAGCACAUCCUCCGUUCCGAAUUAGGAUUCUGUAACCUCGUCGUUGCUCUCUGGCUUAGACAAGUCAUAGCUACAGGUCUUUACGGUGACGCUGUGAAGUUCGAUGACAGCGACAAUUCAUCUAAACUCUUCAAAUAG